AUGGGGAGUAGAGUUGGUGUGUGGGUCUUCUUGAAGGAGCUGGGAAUGAGUACCUUGCAAAGCCUCCAUCAAUGGAUCCGGACAAGGUGGGAGCACAUCAUCCCAUCUAUAAUCCGCUUGGUGUGGCGCUCCCUCCUUGCAGGGGAUCGGGCCAUUGUCUCUCUGCUUGAGGGAUAUGUUGAUACUGUGGCCAGCAUCUUCGUCAUCAUCUUCAUCAUCCUCUGUUUCAUGGUUGCUAUCAUCAUAGCUACACUCCAGGUCCAUGACUUUGAAUAUCAUAUGCCUAUGUCUCCGAUCCAGACUAUAUUGUUGAAAAGUUAA